GGAAAGCAAAACCCCGAGCUCUGCACUGCCACUGCACACUGCACCCUGCUCUUAACCCGUCACCUCACUGCGCCGAGCUAGCUAGUGAUAGAUGAGCUCAUUGUUGAGCUGCUCUUCUUGAUUGCUUUGCCGCCAUUGCACACCGGUGGCCGAGAAGCUAGCAGCAGUAACAAAGACGAGAGGUUGAUCUUCAUCUUCAUCUUCAUCAGGGGAUCGAGGAGGAGACGAUGCUGAGGAGGGUGGCGGUGGCGCCGCCCGACGCCGGGGACGCGGCGGACGGGAAGCCCCGGGGCGGCGCGGCGGCGCUCUUCAAGGUGCCGCGGCUGCUGGUGGGGAUGGCGGCGGCGGCGGCGGCGGCGAGGCCGUGCGAGUGCGACUCGCCGGUGCGCAGCCCGACGUCGCCGCUCGACCUCAGGGCCUUCGCCGCGCCCCCGCUUCUCCGGUCGCCGCGGAGUUGGGACGCGCGGCGGGCCGGGCUCGGCGGCCUCAUCGACGACGGCCUCGCCGAGCCGCCCGGCGCCGCCGCCAUGAGCCGCCUCCUCAUGCCCCAGAUGCGCCCGACCAAGCCGAGACCCUGCGGCCCCGCGCAGCCUGAGCUCGGGAACGCCGUGGGCGCCGCCGCCGGCAUGUCGGUGCCGUGCAGCAGCAGGUUCUACGGGGAUGUGAAGUCUGGUCCAGAGGUCACCGUCGCCGGCGCCGCUCAGCUCCGCGUGAACGGCGGUGUCCACGCCGCCGCUGCCGAUCUUGGCAAGUUCCCGGCGACCGGCUCGCUGCCGGCGUCGAUCGGGCGCCCGCUGCCGCAGUACAUCGGGUCAGUGUCGGCGACGGAGGUGGAGCAAUCGGAGGACUACACCCGCAUCAUCGCUCGCGGACCCAAUCCGAAGACGACACACAUUUUUGGGGAUUGCAUCUUGGAGCCCUGCACCGAGUCCUACUGGCUGGUGAAGCUGUCCGGCUCCGGCGACGAGCUCCGCCGCCUCUGCUCGUCCUGCAAGAAGCUGGAUGGCAGUGACCUCUGCUUUUAUCGAGGUGAGAAGGCAUUCUGCAGCGGCGACUGCAGGGAGCAAGAGAUCCUGAUAGAGGAUGAAGAGGAGAGCAACACAGCAGUCUCCUCCCCCAUUUCAAUCGGCUCGUCGUCGUCAUUCCACGACGACUUAUUCAUGGCUGGAAUGGCCGUGCUUGACAUGAGCACCAGCUCCCCCCAUGCCUGACCGAAGCGCUGUGUACCGGGAUAGAUGAUCAAUAACGUAGACAAUCAUCGUCGCCGCUACCACCACCACCACCAUUGUGCUGAUCUUGUAAGCUUGUGUUUCAGCAGUCGAGAAAUUCGGUGGAUCGGCAGGUCAUGGAGGAUGGGAAGCUGCAUCUAGCUAUCUCCAAAAUUUGCCGAGCUUUGAGCUCUGGGCUUUUAGUUUAGGGAGUGGUGGUUGCCUGCAUUUAGAUAGCCUGUGGUUUUGGUCUCAAGGCUAUUGGCCACUGCAAUUUCCAUUUCUUCUUCUGUUUCUUAGGUUCUUAGCAGCAAUGACAAUGUUUAUGUGUUGUAAUUUUUUGCAACAACUCUUAGAUAAUGGCAUUGAGCUGCUUCGGGUAAUUUCGUGCGCUAUUUUUCUUUAUA